AUGGGUGUUUACUACUUAAAAUUAACCGCAGCCUUGGAAGGUGUCACGAACUUGAGACCUUUAGACUCGCCAGAAGAUCCGUUUGAGUACACCUUCGAAAUCGAAUGCACCGCCUGCCGCGAAGUCCACCCGAAGCCAGUCACUAUCAACUGUUUUGAGAGCCAUGACUUAAACGACUCCAAGGGUGAUGCCAGUUUUGAGUUCAAGUGCCGUAACUGCACCAAAACCCAUUCCGCUACCAUUUCUAGAACCAAGUUUUCAUACACCGCUGAGGACGCUGAGGCCAAGAAGGCUGUUGCCAUUUUGCACCUCGACACCAGAGGCAUGGAAUUCAAGAGAUUCAUCCCAGAAGGCCACUUUGAGUGUGUCGGUGCCGGUUCUGGUACCAGUUUCAAUGACGUUGACUUAGAGGAGGGUGAAUGGUACGACUAUGAUGACAAGGCCGGUGCCGAAGUGUCUAUUGUGGAUGCCCAAUGGGAAAUCACCAGGAGCUAGAGGACUUUCUGUGAUGUCCAGUUAGGAAAAC